CUUGGCAAGGAACUAUCAAAUGAGUCAACCUGAUAAAGAAAUCUUGAAGUUCGGUGGUCUUAGGACUCAGACCUCACCCUCUCCCGUCAACAGAUCUUUCUAGUUAUGAAACGGGUAUAGAGCCGAUGGGUGAUGCUUGGGUAAAAUUUCAAAUCCACAUCUCAAGAAUGAUCACAGGAGACUGUUUCGCCGCUAUGAAGGGUCAUUCCCUAUUCUAAAGAGGAUUGGGAAGGUAAGGUACAAGGUGGAGGUGUUGACGCAUUCGGAGAUCCACCCUGUCUUUCAUAUGAGCCAACUCAAGACUUUCAAUGAAGACAAAGAGGAUGAACAGCGGAAGGAGUCGCAUCGAGCACCAUACUGGUCACCAAUACAUAUGAACACGAAGUCAAAAAAAUCAUGGUCCAUCGCGUCAUUCCUCGUUGUGGCAUUCAUCCAAGUCAUGUGGGGUACUUGGUCAAGUAGCGAAACUUUCCGCAGAGCGAGGCGAGUUGGGAGAAUGAGCUCACGCUAUGGAAGAACAAGGACUUGAUCGAGACUUUCCAUCAAGAGGACGCGACGAGGACGCCGCAAGCAUAGGUGGGGAGAAUGUCACAUGUGGCAGAUGACAUGACGACAACAUGGCAACGACAUAGCGCUCUGCACAUGUGGCGUGUAUGGAAGACUAGAAGCAUAGAGAUGCCUCUAGGAUUCUUCCACCUUUAUGAGCUUAGUGGCGCACUUAUGAGCCAUAUUAUGAGUGGCAUUAUGAGAGUGCAUUACUGGAGGGGACUUAAUAGGUGUAGUAAUGAGAGAGACCAUUAUGAAGAGGAACUGAUAUGAGGAGCCAUUUCCCUCACUUGUAACUCGUUCCUUAUUUUUCAGAGUAAUACACCUAGAUAGUUCUCCCACUUCCUUUGUCUUUUUUGUGAGCUUGUGAGUGUGAGAGAAGACUUCCUAGCAUCUCUAACAGAAUGGAGAGCUAAGGUCGCACAACCAAGAGUAAGGUCAUGACACCUCUCAUUGAAAAACUAAAAAAAGGAAUUAAUUCUCUCACUUUAACCUUAAAGUUAGUCUACUUGCAGUUUUGUUAUUAAACAAACCAUUUGGUUGAAUAUAUAAUCUCUUGUAAUGCUAAACCAUUAGGAUUUUAGUUGCCUAAGUUGGCCAUUACAUCCCUUAUGCCAAAUUAUUUGUUAAAUUGUGGGUCAUCAAAAGGAUUCGAAAUGAAGACCUCUCGGUUCAAGGAUUUGCUACAAUGUUAACGAAUAAACCACUUGGUCCCAAUAACUAGAGUUAUUGGAAAAUGAUUUGUUAAGUUUUGAUCUCUUACAAUGUGCUCCAGCUACUUGCGCUAUAAAUAAGAUGAUGCACCAUUCGUUUAAGGGCCAAACCCAACAUUGAUGUUAUCAUUAAGCUUCUCUUUCUAGUUUCUUUACACUAUUCUCUCAGCGUCGACUAGUGACCAUACUACGAGACGACCCUCAGUGGGAUACCAGGGAUGUGGACCCAGCUUUCUUGCAGAGGGACUUGGGGGAUCAUCUUGGUCGCAGCAGUGUACAAGCCCUCCAGCGGGUGUUCGGGGAGUACGUUGUCCUGCACUAUAUCAAGAUGCUUGCCCAAAAUGGCGAAGACUCCCGAUAAAUUUACCUGGUUUCUGUCCAAAUGCUUAUCGGCGUGGAGUUUCUAGGCUCUCUGCUUUCCUCGUUCCUAUUGGAGUGAUGUUUUGGUCACAACCGUAUAUCACCGAUGUUGUUUAGUACAUCGAUGGUAAUGAUGGCCACAACGAUUUUGGGUGGAGCGAUGUUGGCAGGCCAACGCGAUCAAAUCAUUCGUGGCACCACAUUCAAGCACUACAUGGCGGGGGUUGUGGGGCUCGAGGACGGUACGGGGUUAGGUCUUGGGCAAGUCCCUUGGCUCUAUGGACCGAAAGCGUUGAUGCUUCCUACUAGAGUCGUGGGAGUGACCCUAGCCAUGGUGGGCCAGUCCCUUGGCUCUACGUGCCAAGGUUAGUUUAUGUAUAUACUAACUCACUGUUCCAAUAUUUCUGGAUUAUUUGUGAAUUUAUCCAUAAACCAACUCAUAUUCUUUUUCCACCAAUUAUUAGAUAGAAUCAUAACUAACUAUAAAAUAUAUAGUUUACUAUACAUCCAUAGCAUAUAUUACAAUGCAUAAGAUGAUAUGAGGAAAAUCUUUGUUAUAUAACAUAUGCACCGGCUUCAAAAGAAAAGUUGUCUUCUUUUGCUUUUCUGUAAGUAGAUUUUGAGAAAACUAAAGUAUUGUUAUAUGGUGCCAAAUGGGUUCACCAUUUUCUCAGUCGUCAUCGCUUACUUCCCUUUCUUUCUUCUCGGUUAUGGUAUGUACAUUACUAAUUAACACUAUCUAUAUGUACAGUAUGUGUUAGCUUUCCUGCUGAAUUAUGGUAAUCACGACGAUGGCUUGUUUAAUUAGUUUUUCUCUCGUUCAUUUCCCCUCUCAAAUUUGGCAGUGAUGUAUGGGAUUAACAAGAUUUAAGAGAGCUUCGAUGAAAGCAUAGAUGAAUUCAAGGACUAUAUCAGGGGCUUAAUCUUAUUUAGUGCUCUCUUGAUGGGUUUAGUCAUGAGUAUUGUCGACCGGUAGCGGACAUUCCUUGUCAGAGCAGUUGCGUACACCGUCGGCGCGACACUGCUUUGCGUCGAGCACAUACUCUGCUCCCGUAAGCGCCACUGCUCCCCGGAUCAACCACUCAUCGGAAGAGGUGGCCUCUGAGUCCCAUGAGGACUGGCUCAGUGUAGGUAAGUACAAUGAACGUCUCGCUGAGCAGUCUUCAUCUUCCUAAAGGACGCCAGCAGGAUGCCGUUGACCGAUAGAAAUCUGUCGUGUUUCGUUGAUAUCGUCCAGGUUGUGCGCCACCAACUUCAGCUACUGGAUUCGUUCUUCAGCUUCAGCUCUAGUGGACCCCAUAUUCUCUUGCAUUGCGUCCUUGCAUCUAGGGGUGGGCAACGGGACGGGACGGGAUACCCGUCCCGUUUUAAACGGGUACUCAGUCCCAUUUGGAGGCCAAAGUCCAUCCCAUAUCCCAAACCUAUAUGGGAAACGGGUACCCAUUACCCGUACGGGACGGAUAACGGGUACCCAUACUAUCCAUAAAUACCCAAAGUUUAAACCACUCAAAUUUUAACAAAAGUUUAAACUUAACUUGUACUUGCUUAACAAUCACAAGACACAAAUCAAGAACAAUCACAACGCAUAGAAAAAAUCAUUCUAAGCACCAAAUUAUCAAAUAAGAAGUUUCAUUCAACACAAAUCAUGAACAAUCACAACGCAUAGAAAUAAAUCAUUGUAAGCACCAAAUUAUCAAAUAAGAAGUUUCAUUUAACAAAAGGGAGUCUACAAGUAUUAUGUUCACAUAGCGUUCUUUGUUUCUUUGCUAAGAAAAGUUUCAUCUUUGU